AAACAUCUGUCAAAGUCAACAUGGCGAAGGGGUAAAUUUCGGUUUGGAUACUGGCUUGUUGUGCGUAAACUUUGCUUCCACAUGACGAAUAAAACCUUCAAAGAUGUAUCUGAAGAAAUUAAGGAAACAGUUCGAAGACGACGAUAUCGACUAUCUAGGAGUGAAACUGGGAGUACUUUUGGAGAGCAAGGCAUCGCUAGCUCCCGCACAGACUGUUGAUCCUAACUGUAACAAAGAUAGUCCGGGCCAUAGCAGUAGAACAAAGUUUGAAUUUCUCGACAGCCUUCCUUCCAGUUCGUGCUACAGGCCAGGGCCUCUUGGAUGUCAGAAUGAUGACCAGACGGCGAUUAGACCAGCGGAGUACAUUGGUUCGUUCUCCGCCCAAGGAUCUGAUCAGAAGGCCCGGGUUGACUUUGUCCAGAAACAGCUGGAGGGCAUGAUUGAUUCUCAGAAGAGGAAGCGUGUUAGCUUGGUUAUUUCAAUGGCUGGUAUAAAAGUUUGCAGCAGUGAUGGAACUACUGUGUACAUGGCCCACGCCCUCAAGCGGAUAUCUUACGCGACCUGUGACCCCGAGGCCCGUCAGUUCUCGUUCAUGGCCCGUGAACCCGAGGGCGAGACGGACAUCCAGUUCUGUCACGCGUUCAUCACGAAGACACCGGAGAAGGCCGAGGAACUGAACGCCAUCAUCAGUAAUGCCUUCAAGAUGGCGUACGCAAAGCAGCGAGAGAAGCCGCCCACGUUCCACGAGCUGAUCGCGCAGCAGGUCACGGAGCAACAGGCACACUUCCGCGCCGUCCAGGAGCAGGCCCAGCAGGUGCUGCAGGAGAAGCUGACGGCCAUCGCGCGCCCCACCCCCUUCUCCGAGACCGCUAGGCAACGCAUGGAGAUGAGGAAACAGCAGCAGCAAGCGGAGACGUCGUCGUUGUCGCCACAGCAGCAGCAGCAGCAGACGGCCGCUGCUGAACAAGACAGGGAUCUAGUCGUCGGGAAGAACAAAGUUUGGGCGAAACAAACGGUCGACAAAGUAAAACACCGCUCCUCGGGGGUGGAUCACGAUGCCAAACCCAACCAGAAUCAGUCAGCAUCAUCAUCACCAUCGUCAUCCUCGUCGUCACCGCCAUUAUCGUCGACAUCCAAAUCGAGUGCCACACCAAUGACGGCCUUAAAAACUGCCUUACAAGCCGCGGCAGCCAAAUACAAUCCCUUGUCGCCUCAGACUUCGUCACCGUCGAGAAACAGCAAUAACAACUGUGUCGUGUCUUCUUUGCAAUAUCACCCUCUCUCGGCAGCCGCCAUUAAGGAGUCGUUGGAGAACUCAAAUAACUGUAACAAAUUCAAGGGCUCACCCGUCACGGCCCUGAAGGAUGAGAUCGACAGACAUUUCUUGUGUAACGGAAUGGACAAUGGUGUAGGCGGGGUGGUGGGCGUGUCACCUCUCGGCAAAGGGAGACCGUCGAGUCAGUCGCCACAUCGCAGUGCGUACCAUCGGUCGUCGGCAGCCGAGAGCUUCGGGAGGUCAGAGAUGGAGUUACCUGCCUCUUGCUGCAACCCGAUGGCGAACCGGCCACUACCAGCUGUGCCUCACUCACACGAACACCUGCUGAGGAGCCCCGCACACCGCGCUGCCUUGCAGAACCGACGCAGCUUCGACGACUACAACCUGUCACCGUCCGCCUCAAGCAGCCGCCUCCGACACAACGGAGAAUCCCCGCGACGCAAGGCACAACGGCCCAUGAGCGCCAUCGUGACGUCCGGAACCAUCUAUGACAAUCCAGCCAACGGUCAGCCAUAUAGCCGGACGGGGACUGGGGGCGAGGAGGACCACGCGGGCCAGUACGUCUAUGGCCCCAACGUCAGAGUACGGAAGUCGUCGGGGGAGGAGGCCAUGUACAGACAGAGUCGCAGCCCGAACAGGAGGAAGAGUGGGGGGAAGGGCAGCGCCGAGAACGGGACAGAGUCGGAGCACGUGGUGCUGAGGUAUCAGAACGCUAGUCCGUUCCAGGCCGACAGGUUGGAGGAGGCGGAGAGGAGCGGGGGAAAGUCCAAACCAGGACUCGAGUCUCUGAUGUGUCUAGACCGAAGUCAUAUUGAAGAUGAAUCACUACGCCACGCACCCUGGUACCAGGCUGGAAUACCCAGAGAGAUAGCGCUGGAAAUCCUGCAGCAGGAGGAUGUGGGUUCGUUCAUCGUGCGGGACAGCACCACCCACCCCGGCUGUUUUGCCCUUUCUGUCCGUGUGCCAAAGUUUGAAAAUGCAAAUGGAAUCUCCCACUAUCUGGUGUUGAAGACACAGCGAGGAGUCAAGUUAAAGGGUCUGGACAAGGAGUGGUCUAACCUGACGGCGCUGGUGACGCACCACACCGUGAUGAGGGAGAUGUUGCCGUGCACACUGCGACUGCCGCGCAAAGCCAAGAACCCAAUGUUCAGAGCCAGCGACAAGGAUGACCGCGAGGAUGACCCCGAUUACCAGAGACUCUCCGAUUUCUCAUCCAUGAUGGCGCAGCUGAAAAUGUGAUAAACAAAAACAAACAAACAGAGCCACUUGCUGCUUCUAUUGCAGUAGGAGCUUCUUGGGUUGGUGGCUGAGUCUUUAGAGAUUGGGCUUUGAGAAUUUUGAACUGAAAGGAAAAAAACAAACAGAGCCACUUGCUGCUUCUACUGCAGUCGGAGUUUCUUGGGAUGGUAGCAGAGUCUGAAUAUGCUUCAGAGAUUGGUGUUUUAGCAUUUCAAACUGAAAGGAAAAAAAACUAAAAGCUUCUUCGCCAAUUUUUAUCGGAGACUCUUCAGAUUUCUUGUCCAUGAUGCUGCAGCUGAAAAUGUGAUAUAUAUAUAUAUAUAGAUAUUGUCCACUUGCCUCUAUGCAAGUGCUUCUGGGGAUGGAGACAGGUUCCAGAGAUUCUAUUGGUGUUCAUAAUUAUAAACUGCAAGAAGAAGAAGAAACAAAGCAUCUUCGCCUGUCUUUAGUCCUACGUUAUGCCAAGUCUUUCGUUUUGUUUUAUAUGCAAAAGAGAUGUUUUUAUAUGUUUGUUUGUAGUGAAAAUAGUCCUGUUGUUGGAAAGUGACCUGUGGAAGCCAUACUCAUCCAGUUGUUGUUAUCUUAAAGAUGGUUCUGUUUGUCCAGCGAAUGGUGUCCAUACUGGAUGAAAUAUCCUUCUGAAUUCACAUAUAUGCAGUUGUAGUAGAGGAAAUUGGAUUCAAGUGCCUUGUAAUGGCAUGUAUUCAUUUCUACAGAUUUGGAUGCAAUCAUUUCAAUUACAAAACUAAUUGCAGACAUUGUCCAUAUAAAGAAGUAAAAAACCCCAACAAAUUAAAUAGGGAAGCUAUCAUUGAGAAAUAUUCAUUCAUACAGAUAUGGAAGUAGUAAUUUCAAUUGCAAAACUGUAACAGCAGACACCUAAAAGUAAGGUAACCAUCUUGAAAUGUGUGGAUUUUAGUGAUUCAGUUGCAGGGCAUUAAAAAAACUACAAGUGCAGAACUGGUAUUACCUUGAUAAAGAAAACAAAUGGUUGCCAUAUUCACACAAGAGGCUACUGAUGAUGAUAAUGACACUGGUUAAUAAUAAUAAAAAAAUAUUUUUUUUUUUUUUCUUUUUUUUUUCAAAUAUAUUUUUGUUGAUCCAGUAUAUGCAAAUAUUGAGUAUGGCUUCUAUCUGCUAUACCCUGAACAACCAGAAGCAUGAUAACUUCUGAGUUUGUCGUUUGUGCUAGAAACAAAACCCCAAGUGCUAGUUACGAGAUGGAGAAUAAUUCUGAACAUCAACUCUUUGUCUGACCUGUGGUCAGAACAUUUAACCCUUCAAUGCAUGAACUAUGAUGGUCCAAACAUUAACCCUCUUAAUGUUUCACCCUACACUAUAGUCAUCAUCACCGUUUUUGUUUCAAUUCAGGAACUAUGUUUGAAGUCAGUGGACUGUUCUAUAGGGAGAUUUCAUAUAAUGAAGAAAUCCCUUCAGAUGUUUGUGUGUUUGUUUGUUUGUUUGUUUAAAAUGCAUUAUUGUGUUGUUAAUGAAGGUUUGUUUUAUCAACUUGUUGCAUGUUUGAGGAAAUGAGAAAAAAAGAAGAGAAGAGGGUUUUUAUGUUUUUUGGAAGUGUGUAAGAGACACCCAUUAAAGCAUGAUGUUUUAAUAGUCUAAACAAAAUUAGAUAUAUUUUUUUUUUAGUUAUUUAUUGUGUGUGACGAUGUUUCAGAUGUGUUAUAAUGCAGACAUCCAUGUAAGCCUUAUUGAAUCUAUUAAAUUAUUAGUUGGA